AUGGCAGGAGGAGGCGAUAACUCCCAGACGAAUGGAGGAUCUCAGGAGCCGCGCGCCAUGGAGGAAGGGAGGAAGGACGACUAUGACCAGGGCUGCGGCCUCGCCAUCUCUCUCCCCUUCGUCCAGAAGAUCAUCGCCGAGAUUUUCGGGACCUACUUCCUGAUCUUCGCGGGGUGCGGCGCGGUGACCAUCAACAAGAGCAAGGGGCAGAUCACGUUCCCCGGCGUGGCCAUCGUGUGGGGCCUCACCGUGAUGGUGAUGGUGUACUCCGUCGGCCACAUCUCCGGCGCGCACUUCAACCCGGCCGUCACCUUCGCGUUCGCCACCGUGCGCCGCUUCCCGUGGAGGCAGGUGCCGGCGUACGUGCUGGCGCAGAUGCUCGGGGCCACGCUGGCCAGCGGCACGCUGAGGCUCAUGUUCGGCGGGCGCCACGAGCACUUCCCCGGCACGCUCCCCACCGGGUCCGACGUGCAGUCGCUCGUCCUCGAGUUCAUCAUCACCUUUUACCUCAUGUUCGUCAUCUCCGGCGUCUCCACCGACAACAGAGCCAUCGGGGAGCUGGCAGGGCUGGCCGUGGGUGCAACCAUCCUGCUUAAUGUGCUGAUAGCUGGGCCGGUGUCGGGGGCGUCGAUGAACCCGGCGAGGACGGUGGGGCCGGCGCUGAUCGGGAGUGAGUACAGGUCGAUCUGGGUGUACGUGGUGGGGCCGGUGGCCGGAGCCGUGGCCGGGGCGUGGGCGUACAACCUCAUCCGCUUCACCAACAAGCCCCUGCGCGAGCUCACCAAGAGCACCUCCUUCCUCAGGAGCAUGAGUAGGAUGAACUCCGUCUCCGUCUGA